AGUAAACAAGUUGAGCUCGGUGCGGAGUGGAGUAAUACUGCAGUUACAAUCACUAAGGGCGAAGAAACAAAAGGCAGCGGGACAUGGCGUACAAAACUGCACCAUUAAUGUGCUUAAUGUCUCACCGUUCUGUUAAUUGUAGUAUGAACGUUUGUUCAGUACUCACUCUUGAAGAAUCCCUUACCGGAAAAUGAGUCACUGGGUCAGAAAGUUAUUUCCUAUUUCAGAUAUGUUGAGAAACACACAUGAUCCAAAGAAGGGAGAGGAACUCUCACAGAGAAGGAACUCCACAUUAUCGCCGUACGGAGCUCUACAAAUCUAAUCGUAUGACUGAAGAAACCGCUAAAUAGUGUACUACUGUGGAUUAAUGGCGGAGCAGUGAUUUCAGAAUGGAAAGAAGACACACAUUAUCUCUGAUCCUCCUUGGAUUAUGCAUAAGCACUCAAAUUGUGAAAUGCACCUCGGUGUGUUUAAUUGACGGCUCUGUUGUCCUCUGCAGAGAUAGAGGCCUUAAAGAGGUGCCGAAGCUUCCCACGCAUGUAAAUGAAGUGGAUCUGAGUAACAACAGCAUCGCUGAACUCCAUGAAACAUCCGUUUCUCAGAUGGAAGGUCUACAAGUUCUCAUACUGAUGCACCAAACACCAGGCCUUGUGAUUAGAAACAACACAUUCAGAAGACUCUCUAAUUUAACAUCACUUCAGCUAGACUACAACCAAAGGCUACAAAUGGAUGCAGGAGCAUUGAACGGAUUAUCCAACCUUAAAAAUCUCACUCUCACUCAAUGCAGUUUAAAUGAUUCCAUUUUGUCUGGUGACGUCCUCAAACCUCUAGUGUCUCUUGAGAUGCUUGUCUUACAUGAAAACAACAUUCACAGUAUCCAGCCGGCAUCAUUCUUUUUAAACAUGAGGAGAUUCCAUAUGCUAGAUCUCUCUUACAACAAAGUGAACAGCAUCUGUGAAGAAGACCUCCUUAGAUUUCAGGGUAAACAUUUCAUGUUUCUGCAACUGGCCUCCUUGACACUGCAAGACAUGAAAGAGGACUGGUUAGGAUGGGACAAGUGUGGAAACCCGUUUAAGAACAUGUCCAUAACUACAUUGGACUUAUCUGGAAACGGCUUUAAUGCUAAUACCGCAAAGCGUUUUUUUAACAAAAUCACUGGUACCCAAAUCCAAAGUCUAAUUUUGAGUAACAGUCGCAACCUGGGCAGAUCUUCUGGUAAUAAUUCAAAAGACCCAGAAAGAUUUACAUUCAGAGGUCUUGAGGCGAGUGGUAUUAAGAGUUUUGAUCUGUCCAAUUCAAAUAUUUUUGUUCUGCCAUAUUCAGUAUUUGGUUAUUUGCCAAAUUUGGAACAAAUUUCAUUAGCACAAAAUCAUAUUAGCAAGAUCGAAAAGAAUGCAUUUUUGCGUACGACAAAUUUGCUAAAGCUAGACCUGUCUAGAAACCUCCUGAGUAGUACAAAUUCUGAAACUUUUCAGAAUCUAGAGAAACUUGAGGUGCUUGAUUUGUCAUAUAAUCAUAUAUGGAUGCUUGGGUUUCUGUCAUUUCAAGGACUUCCAAAUCUACUCAGCCUAAACCUAACAGGAAAUUCUCUCAAAUACACACAUAAGUUUGCAACCCUACCAAGCCUGGAGAAGCUCUACUUCGGUGACAACAAAAUUUCACACGUGUCUUAUUUACCCAGCAUUGCUGCAAACCUCAAAACCCUUUACCUGGAUUUUAACAAAAUAUCUUCCAUGUCAGAGCUCUACACGAUACUGGAGAACUUUCCUCAAAUUGAGGAAAUUUUCUUAAGAGGUAACCAGCUUGUUGAUUGCCCUCAUGACGAACACAAAGUGAUUUCACAACAAAUACGAAUCGUUGAUCUUGCAAACGCAGGUUUGGAAGUUAUCUGGUCAGAAGGAAAAUGUUUAAAUGUAUUUAAUAACCUUCGCCAGUUAGAAGCGCUUUUUCUGAAUUCCAACCUACUUCAGUCGCUUCCCAAAGACAUUUUCAAAGACCUUACUAUGUUGUUCUUUUUGGACUUGUCCUUCAACUCUUUGAAGUACCUUCCUAAUGGUAUUUUCCCCAAAAGCCUUCAAUAUCUUAAUCUUCAAUACAACUCUAUUUAUUCAGUAGAUCCAAACCUCUUUAGCACCCUCAGCUACCUCAACCUGCAAGGCAAUGAUUUUCUUUGCGAUUGCAACCUAAGAGAUUUCCAAACGUGGCUAAAUCAAACCGACAUAACUUUUCUUCACCCCAUUGAGGAUGUGACAUGCGCCAGUCCUGAGGAUCAGUACAUGGUUCCGGUUGUGAGGUCCAACAUACAAUGUAAGGAUGAAGAGGAUGAGAGGAGCGCUGAAAAACUAAGGCUUGUGCUUUUCAUUUUCUGUUCCACACUGUUCGUAUUAUUCACUACUGGCAUCAUCAUUUACGUCUGUCGACAUAUAUACAUAUAUAAGCUUUACAAAAAACUCAUUGGCAAACUUGUGGAUGAAAAGCAACAGGAGCUCAACCGUGAUCGGUUCUUGUACGACCUGUAUCUUUGUUUCAGUUCCAGUGAUAUGAAGUGGGUAGAAAGAGCGCUGUUGCAGAGGCUCGACUCUCAAUUCUCAAAACAGAAUACACUCCGCUGCUGCUUUGAGGAGCGAGACUUCAUACCUGGGGAGGACCAUCUUACCAACAUGCGAAAUGCUAUCCAGAACAGUCACAAAACUCUUUGUGUGGUGUCUGAACGUUUCCUGAAGGAUGGUUGGUGCUUAGAAACCUUCAACCUGGCUCAGUGCAGGAUGCUAGUGGAGCUUAAAGACAUUCUAUUGGUGCUGGUUGUAGGGAACAUACCGCAGUACAGGUUACUGAAGUAUGAACAACUGAGAUCCUACAUUGAGAACAGAAGGUACCUUCUGUGGCCGGAUGACGACCAGGACUUGGAAUGGUUCUAUGACCAACUUCUGCAUAAAAUCAAGCAAAACGCCAAGGUUAAACAAACAAAUACUACAGAAAAAAACAAAGAGGUCAAAAACAAUUCUGAAGCAGCAAAUGUUCAUGCAGAAACAGCAGUGUAACUGUGAACGACUUUGUAUGAACAUACCUUUUUUUGCUCUUGGUGAAGUUCUCAACUGGUCUACUGUGUUUGACCUGUUUUCUUUUGGACACUGACGUCUGCAAAAAUGAAGUGUAUUAAGCUUGACACCAUACUGAAUUGUAUAGUUAUAAAAGUUUAUUUUGUAUUAUCCAAAAUGUGCAGUAGCAUGAA